UCUCUGCUCCCCCUGCUGUUGUCAUAAUUUGACGUUUUGUUCAAAAGAUCCUGCGAAAAGUGGUCCAGCGAAAAUGGCAGCACUCAUCAAGGGAUUGAAACUUGCCUCCCAAAUUCAGAGCAAAAACCCGGCCCUGUUCGCGCUGGCCGUACGCAACGCCCACGGAUGGAACAAAGACUUUAAGCCUGCCAAGUUCCCCGAGACGGACAAGGAGCGUGAGGCGGCUGCCCGCAAGUAUGGUCUGCAUCCGGCCGAGUACCAGCCCUAUCCGAACGAUGGCCUCGGCUACGGUGACUAUCCGAAGCUGGCCGAUACGCCGGUCGAGGCACGCGAUCCCUACUAUCCGUACGACUUUCCCGAGCUGAAGCGGAACCUGCACGAACCGCUGCACGCCGAGAGCGACCUGUGGGGCGAGAACAUGUACGGUUCGGCCGAGCGGACGCGCUACCCCAUGCGAACGUACUGGCUGGCCUUCCUCGGCGUGAUGGCCGGCUGCCUGGGGCUGUACUACUGGCUCGAGGACUACAAGAUGUUCCGGCCGGUGCUCGCUAAGCAGUACGCCCGCGACGGCAAGCACUACACCUUUGACUCGAAGUAAAUCGAAAGAAGC